GCUAUUAAAUAGAAGCAUCCACCUGAACACAUUAUAACGAACUAAUAACAAAUUUUUGUGAGAGUGGAGAGGAAAAAUAGAACGCACCAGCCUUGAUUGAACCAACAACAUACGGACGGCGGCGUCGCCAGCUGCCGCAGCAGCAGACGUCAGCCAUGAAGGUGGACACCGUUAAACUGAAGAAGGGCUCCUCGGAGCUAACCUCAGAAUGUCGCGAACUAAUCGAUGAAUUAACCAAACGUCGCACACGUCCCGAACUGCUCGAGUUCCUCGACAAGGUGCACGUUUGGAUCUAUGGCAAAUGUGAGCUAUACCACUGGAUUGAAAUACUGGAUCGGUUUGACAAAAUACUCGAGGAGGCCGCCCGUCAUGUCGAUAACAAUGAGUUUGUGCUGCAGUGCGACACAACGUUUAUCGAUGCGGAUGUGACCCUGCUGCUGCACGUACUCAAUUUUACAACACUGCUCAUUGAGCAUUCGUUCUCGCGCCAUUUGUACAAUUCAAUUGAGCAUUUGACGCAACUGCUUUCAUCACAGAACAUGGACAUUGUUUUGGCCGUGCUCAAUUUGCUUUAUAUGUUCUCUAAGCGCAGCAAUUUCAUACCACGCUUGCCCUUUGAAAAGAAGGAGCUGCUCAUUGUCAAGCUUUUCAAUGUUGCCGAGCGUUGGGGUGAUCCAAAUUACGGAUUAUCGCUGAAGGACUGCUGCAUUGGCGAUCCCAAGCUGGAGUUCCUCUAUCAGCUGUGCAUUGACUAUGUGGACGAGCAUGGACAUUCCGCACAACUGGAAAUACCUGAUAUGAUGGAUCUCUGUCACACAGCGUCAGCACCAGAGGUUAUUAAAACAAUCGCUGGACAGAUCUCAAAGCCCAGUGAGGCCAUCAAGAUGCGCAUUGCACAUCGUGUGCGCCUCAUCUCUGGCUUCAACAAUUACAAGCUGCGCCUGCAAUUUGUGCAGGCUCGCCUGCAGGCUGUGUCCAUAUUGAUAUACUCGAAUGCGCUGCAGGAUAAUACGGACAAGGUGCUCUAUGCUGGGUUCGGUGAGGAGCUCUGCGAACUGAUCGACAAGGAAGAUGUCCAUCUCGUGGAGAUACGUGCCGCUGUACUGCGUACUCUCACCUCAAUGCUGCACUUUGAUCGCAAUCCCAGUGUGCCCAGCAGAGCUGGCUCCCGUUUGGUGAAGAUUGUGCAUUAUACGGGUGCAGAGCGUCAGGGUGGCACAUUGCCGCUACUGGUGCGGGAUUGCAUUGAUAAUUUGACGACGCAUGGGUUAACCGAACGUUAUCCAUUGAUAUUGGCCACAUCGCUAUUCUCGCUGCUCUAUCAUCUGGCCAGCUAUGAGCUGGGCGGCUCUGCGCUGGUCAAAAGCGGCAUGAUGCAGUCCCUGUUGCGUGUGAUCAGCUGGCCGGGCGUGGAUCUGGAGCACAUUACGUUUGUGACACGCGCGGUGCGCGUCAUUGAUCUGAUCACAAACAUUGAUAUUGCACGCUUUCAUCAAAAUAAUGGCCUGAAUGUGUUUAUCGAUCGUCUGGAGAAGGAGAUUAAGAGCUGUUGUCGUGCUCUCGCAGAGAUUGGCAUCACACUGCGAGAAUCAACGCUGCCCGAGGAGCAAAGCCUAAACGAUAAAAUGGACAGUUCGCUGGAGCCGGUGGACGAUGAUGAUGCCGCCACAGAGAAUGCAUCGGUUGCCAGCGACAGUGGUGCUUCGCCGCGUCGCGAUAAUUCGAGCAGUGAUGGCAGCGCCAGUGCUACCACCGAUCAUGCCCAGCUCGCGUUUCGCGAUUUUAUGGAGCACAGUGGUGCGGAUCAUUAUCAUCAGCAGCAGCAGCAACAACAGCUACGUGGCACUGCUGCUGGCUCAAGCACAAUGUCCAGCUGGCUGGAUAUUGGUUCACGUGGCUCUGGCAUAAACUCGUUGAGUAGUAUCAUCUUGGCAGCCCGAAAUUUUCGAGAAACAUCGACGGGCGUUGCACGAUAUCCAAAAAAUAGUUAUUAUGCACGUCCGCUGGCCGAGCGCAAGGCACAAUUAUUGUCGCCCAACAAUACGUUGAUGCAGCGCAAGAAACCAUCGUGUGUGACACAGCGAGCGGCAUUGCUGAAAUCAAUGCUCAACUUUCUGAAGAAGAGCAUUCAGGAUCAUGCACAUUUUAGCAACAUGCGCAACAUUAUGGAGACGAGCCUAACGCAAUCGUUGCGUCACAUUAUCGCCAACGCUGAAUAUUAUGGGCCAUCAUUGUUUCUGCUGGCCACCGAUGUGGUCACCGUUUACGUAUUCAAUGAGCCAUCGUUGCUCUCAUCACUACAGGAUUUGGGCAUAACCAGUGUUAUGCUGAGCGCACUGCUGCACAAAGAUGUGCCGGCAACACGUGAAGUGCUCGGCUCAUUGCCGAAUGUUUUCUCCGCUUUGUGUCUCAAUGAUCGUGGUCUCUUCGAGUUUCUAUCGUAUGAACCAUUCGAUAAGGUGUUGAAAGUGUUACUCUCACCCGAUUAUUUGGUGGCGAUGCGAAGACGUCGCAGUUCGGAUCCAUUGGGUGAUACGGCCACAAAUUUGGGCAAUGCAAUGGAUGAUCUGAUCAAGCAUCAUCCGUAUUUGCGUGCCGAUGCCACCGAGGCAAUCGUUCGACUGCUCAACGAACUCGUCCGUCUCGGCUCCGAUCCCAGUUUCAUUUGCUGGCGCGCCAACAAGGAUAGCAAUGUGGCCAUUGCAGCGGCGAAUGCGACGGGUGGUGUGGUGCCAUCAACGACGCCAUCGCAAUCGGCAAUGGUUAUGGUCGCUGCUGGUGGUAAUCCGGUGCUGCAAAGUGCUGCCGAUAAUAACGAUAGCAGCGGUGACGAUGAUGACGAUGAUGAUGAAAUGAGCUCAGCAUCCCAACAGCAACAACAGCAACAGCAGCAACAACAACAGCAGCAUCAGCAACAGUUGCCAGUCGCUGCUAAUCGGCAGCAGCAACAACAAUUACAACAGCAACAACAACUGCAACAACAACAACAAUCACAGCAACAACAAUCUCAACAGCAAUCACAACAACCACAACAACCGGAACGUGAAGCCAUACCGUUAAUUGAUUACAUUUUGAAUGUUAUGAAAUUUAUCGAGGCUAUUUUCAGUAAUAGUCCGAAUGGUGAUCAUUGCCGUGAAUUUGUACAAAGGGAUGGCUUAACGCCAAUCUUACAGUUGCUCUCGUUACCCAAUUUACCAGUGGAUUCACCCGUUUCGACCACAUCCCAAGCCGUGGCGAAUGUGUGCAAAGCGAUUCUGAGCCAGGCGCAAGAGACCAAAGUCUUGGAUGUUGCACUCAAAAAGUUGGCAGAUAUUGUUGCCCAAUUGAAGCCAUUGAUUAAACAUUUUACAUUUCCGGGCGGAAGUGUGCUGCUCGCCGAAUUGGUGUGCUGUCAACGUUUGGAGGAUGGAUUUGCCAAUGCUGAAUAUACACCAAUUUUGCACAAUAUGAGUUUUGUGCAUGGCUAUGUGGUGAUGCUCGUCCAUCUUUGCCGCAAUGCGUCCAAUGAGAUGCGCACCGUGCUGCUCAAACGUUGGGGUGCCAAUCGAGAGACGGGCGUCCAGCUGCUCCAGCAACUUGUCCAAUUGUAUAUAUCGCUAGUGUGGGAGAGCACCAUCCUAUUGAAUCUAUGCUCCGAUGAGCCCACUCAACAUCCCGAUCUCAUUUGGGAUGAGAUUGCGGCACAAAUGUCGGCAGCUGCUGGCACCGCUGAUCCAUUGACCGAAGCGGAACUCUCACGUAAAUUGGAACGUGCCGCCGAAUUUCGUACCAAAUAUACGCCAGAGGAACAGUUUCGUUACAUCAAAUCCCUGCUGGCGGCUAGCUCGCGUCUCGGACGUGCAUUGGCUGAAUUAUUGGGUACGUUGGUGAAGCUAUCGGUGGGGUUGCCGCAGACACGACUACGUCGCAUCAACGAUCUGAUUAGCAACAUUAAAGUUCCUACGCCCGAGGCACGCGAAAUUGCCCGCAUCCUCAGCUCAAUACUGGUGAAUGGUUUCAGUCACGAGAGCAUUCUGCCCAAACCGGUGCCCAAAUUGAAGUUAACGUUUCUCAUCUGCUCGGUGGGCUUCACCGGCCCGAUGCUGUUCGAUGAUAAACGCAGUGCAUUUCAUCUAAUGAUCUCACAAUUUUGUGCAGAGAACGGUCUCAAGGCAUUCUUUGAGAUGUUCUAUUGGGCCCUGUCGCUCGAUAAUGUCUCGCAAAAGUUUCACUUUGAUCAAUGGGCACCGUUGGAUGAUCUAAUGCAGCCGCACGAGGAUGACAAGCGUGACUGUCCCGAGGGUACAGGUGAAUUUCUGGAUGCCUGGCUGCAAUUGCUCGAGAAGAUGGUGAAUCCGCGUGCAAUGCUCGAUUCACCAUACACGAUGAGUCCACGUCUCAAUUGUCUGCCCGAUUGUGUGCCAUUCGAGCCGGUCUUCUAUCUUAUCCAUAUCCAUCAGUUGGCCAUGCAGGCAUUGCGACGCAUCUGGUGUCGCCGUCCGAUACCCAAUUACGGUUCGAGUAUGCUGGAAACGAUCCUAUUGAUACUAAAGCAUUUGAUUAAGUCACAUCAGAUGCUGUUGGAUCGCUAUCAUACGCGUAUGAAGGAGAUCAAAUUUGAGAACCUGUACAUACGCAGCACUGACGAUGGCCUCAAUGCAGAGCAUAUCAAGACCCUGACAGACAUGGGCUUUCGUCACUAUCACAUCAUCGAGGCGUUGCGCAUCAAUACCUCACUCGAGGAGGCCACCGACUAUCUGCUUAACAAUCCAGAGGCGAGCGCAUUAUCCAAUUCGUCGGGACAGGCACAAUCACAAUCGUCAUCAAAUGUUGCCGGCGGUGGAGGGGGAGGAGGCUCCGCAUCCGGUUCACAGGGCAGUAGUGGAACGAGUAAUGCUGCUGUUGCUGGCGACAUGGAUAUCGAUAUGGAGCCGCAGCAGCAAUCGGUUAGCGAUGCAUCAACUCCCAAUCCAAGUGCUGCCAUCGAUUUCAAUUUCAGCGCUAAAUGCCCGCCAGCCGCAGGCACGGCUGCUGCUCCCGGUGCUGCUCCAGCUGCAACAGCUGGCUAUGAUUAUAGGCAAUUGAAGUUGAUGCCAACGGUGAUAUUCGAUCGUUUCUGCGAUGAGGCCGUGUCGCGUGCCUUUGAAUUUAUGGAGGCCAUACCGGAUACGGUCACUUGUGCCGCGGAUCUCAUCGCUGUGCUCUAUAGGCGGCAUAAUCUAUUGAAUCGUCAGAUGUUUGUCACCAAUUUUGUGCGCAACAUCAUACAAUGGGUGGACUUUACGCUACAGCUCUUUGAUCCACCAGCUGGGGGCGCAUCGGGUGCAUCCAAAUCCAGCCGGCUCGAGGAAUGUCUAACUGGCAUGACAGCCACCCGGCUAUUUGUGCGGUUGAAGACAUCAACGCUGCUGCUCGAGGAGAACUACAGUGAUUUGCAUCGACCCCUCGUCGAAGCGAUCACCGCACAGGAUGCGAUGGUAUUGCUGGUCAAGCUGCUCAAUUGCAUGAGUCAAUGGAUGUUGGAGCAGUCACAAAUCAUCAGCAACGACGACGAUGAUGCUCAGCAGACACGUGCCACUGUGCCACGUUGGGUGCAGAAUCUAGUCGAUUUGAUUGAUGCCAUCGAUAGCAUGAGCCACAUCCUCCAGCGCAAAGCGAACAUGCGCGCCGUUAGCAGUGACUUAUGGCGUUGGUAUGAUUCAUCCACUGGCAAAUGGAAUCCCUAUUCCGAAGCCAAUAAUGAGCUAAUCCGUAGCGCUUACGCUGCUGGCGAACGUUGGCUUCACAUCAAUAUUGGACGGCAACGUUGUACGGUCAAUUUCAAUUGCAUGACCCAGGUGAGCGAAGCAUCCGGCAGUCAUCGUCCUGUCUAUCCGGCCCUCAAGAUAUGCGAAGCGAUUAUCCAGUUGCAAAACUUGGUACCAUCAUCCCAUAUAAUGGAUAGCGUUGUGAAUCGCAUAAUGCGCACCUCGCCCGACGGCAGCGGCACUAUUCAAACUGAGGAGCUGAUUCCGUUGAGACAAUUGAUUAACUUUAAUGAACCGACGACGACGACGGCGACAACGUCGUCAUCAAAGCAGCACAAGCAGCAGCAGCAGCAACAACAACAGGAGCUGCAACAGCGGCAGCAAUCAACAUCAUCAUCAUUGUCUGGUGCUGCUGCAACCGCCACAGAUCAUGGCAAUCUCUCACCGCCGACGACACGCUCCAAGUCGCGUCAAAAGAGCGCCGCUGCGGCAGCCAAGGCCAAAGCAGCAGCAGCAGCCAACAGCAGCAACAACAACAGCAGCAGCAGUAGCAGCAGCAAUAACAAUAGCAGCAACAACAACAGCUACACAAACAUACCGAAACGUGCCCAAAAAAUUGUGCUCAACGAGGAGAAUGUUGGACUGGGUAAAUUUGAUUGCGUGCGCAUUAUUAUAAAUAUUGUGGCGCUGCUGCAGCCAACACAAUUGCUCCUGCAUCACGAGACAAAGUUGUCGCUGUUGCGUUUGUGUGCACGUCUCACCCGCAACUAUUAUAAUGCCCAGGUCUUUGCACGUUGCGGCGGCGUUCAAAUGUUGCUCGAUUUGCAGCAAUCGUGCGGCUUUAUGGGCUUCCCCACCUAUGCCAUUAUCAUAUUGCGUCAUGUCUUGGAGGCGCCACCAGUGCUCCAAGAGGCCAUGGAACGUGUGCUGGGAAUGCGGGCCGCUGGCAUCGUGCCAAUCGGUCAUCGGGAUCUCAUCUAUGUGCUCACCCAGGUGUCGACGGCAGUGUCACGGGAUCCCAAGAUUUUUGUUGCAGCCGCCAAGGAGAUGCUUCGGGCCGAGCAUAUGAUUAGUGGCAUCAGCAGCAAUAAUCUUAUCGAUGAUGGACGUGUCAUGGUCAAAUCAAAGUUUGGACAACAGCCAACGGCGGCAGCGGCAGCAGCUGCAACGACGUCGACGACGACAACAACAGGAACUGGAAAUGGAACUGGUGCUGCGAGCACAGCAGCAAAGGAAACACCGGAAACGAUCGAUCUGGCCAUAGAUGAUGAGCAGGUGGAAUCAGCGGUAUCGGUGCUCAAGCAGCUCCUCCAUGCACUCGUGCAGCCCUGCAUCCAUUAUGGCCCCAACGGUGCCGAUCAACAGCAACUGAAUGCCGCCGAGCUCGUGCUGCCCGAUCAGCCGCCAGGCGCAGCGGGCUCCAUGAAUAAUCUGGACGAUGAGGACUCGACGCCAUCAUCCGUGAAAAAGACAACAGCUACCGCUGGCAACUCAGCAACGACAUCCCAGACAGCCAGUGGCACUGGCGAUAAAUAUGAUCCUUGCUGUUGCACCUGGCACAUACCGACCAGUGCCCACAAUCAUCUGAAGCCGACGUUGUCGCGUGCAACGCUGCUCAAAUUGCUAGCGGAUGCGACGCGCGCCUAUCAAUCGUUGGUGCCGCGUGUACUGCUCGCCCAUGUCUAUACGCCGGCGGAUAGUCCAUUGAUUUGCGAUCAGAACGGCGACAACAACAACGACGGACAGCAGACAUUCCUUGCCGUGCUCAUGGAUCGCUUUCUGCCGAUCACACAGCGUCAGCAUGUGCCCGAGGUGAGCACCAUGGCACGUGUGCUGAUCUGUUCGCUGUCCGAUUGCUAUCAGUUGGCUGGUGUGCAACAGCAGGUUGCCGACGAGUUGCAUGCGGCCGUUGCACGUGCUCUCGCCCAUCCGGAUUCGGCGGAGAAGCAUACGCGUCUCCAGGUGCUGAUGAGCCUAUUUCCCAAUCUCAUUGAAUCGCCCAUGCUGUAUGACAAGGUUCACAUGCAUCGCAAUACCAUGUACCGGGUCCUGCUGCGACAGGGUGUCAUGACCUAUCUGACCAAAGUGGCCCAAUACAAGGAUCUGUCGAAUCACAACACACUCAGCACUCUGGGCGCCAUUCUUCGACCCAUGGAGAUACUGUUGCGCUUCAAUGUGCCGCCCGCAACGCUCGGCUCCAAGCGUAUACUCUUCGGUGGCGCCAGCUCGUCGGCCAAUGGUGGUGCCAAUAAUGGGAAUAACAAUUCCAGUUCAUUGAAUACAGUUAGCACUAUCCUCAAUCGUCGCCUGUAUCCACGCCUGGCCGCUAUCAAUGCGCUCGUCAACGCUCCGGAUGGCCCAAAUCCGAUGGGUGGUAAUGGAGAGCGUGUUCUUCGGGAUAUUAUACGGAAUGUGCUCUCGGAUCGUCGUCAUGCCUUUGAGUUUAUCUUCAAUUCGGAUGAGAUGGCCAUCGAUUCGGAGGAUUCAGUGCCAGCGAGUGGUACAGCCAGUGGUGUUGGUGGUGGCACAACAGCCGGCACAGCUGGCACACCCAGCAGCAGCAGCAGCAGCAGUGCCAGCAACAAUGCCUCCACGGCCACCAGCAACAAUGCGACAGCUGCUGUCAUCGAUGUCGCCGCCGAUAAUGAUGAACAGCAUAGCAAUGAUGGCCCCGAAUCGUCUGCUGCAGAGUUGGCGUCACAGGCCGGCAACAAUGCUGUUGCCAUCCCUGGUGGUGGUGGUGGUGGUGGUGUUGGUAAUGCUGUAGGUGCUGCCAGCAGCAAUGCCACGAACACCAACACCGGCUCCACAUCGUCAACAGUGCGUCCGGUUCUCAAUUUCGAUCAGCUCUGGGAUGAUUUUCUGCAAUGCGAAGGACUUUUUCUCGCCUCGCGCAGCAACAGCAGCAGCGGCAAUGGUAAUAACGUUGGUGGUGCUGGUGGUGGUGGUGCUAUUGGUGCCAUUGGUGGCGGUGACUCGACGCCACAGAAUGGCAGUAAUGAUGCUGGUGGCGGCAGUUCCGCCAGCAAUUCGGCACUGCUCGGCAAUAACAGUGGUGAUCCACGCUUGCGCAGCAAUCUAGACCUGAAUGUUGAGGGUGGCGCCGGCGAAGGAUUAGCCACUGCUGUCAAUGAUAACAGUGAUGCUGCCUCAGCCGAGACGGCUGCCGUUGGUGGUUCGGUUCCUGGUUCGGCUGGACGUGCCCCAUCGUCGCGUAAUGCACGCGACAUAAAUGCAUCGCUGCUGGGCGAUGUGGUGACUACAUCGGAUUCCGAUUCGGAUGGAUCAACCGAGAAUGAUGAGCGCAACGUUGAAGAAGAGGUGGAGGCUGACGAUGAUGAUGACGAUGAUGAGGUGCCAGCGGAUGUCGAUGAGGAUGUCGAUGAGGAUGUCGAUGAACAUAGCGAAACCGAUGUCGAUGAGGAGCGUCCACGACAAUUUAUUGAAGUCUUUGAUCAUAUCUAUGAACCGGAAUCAUCGGAAACGGCAUCCAAUGAUGCCGAUGUUGAUGCCGAGGACGAUGACGAUGACGAUGAGGACGAUGACGACGACGAUGAUGAUGAUGAUGAUGACGAUGAUGAUGUCGACGAUGACGUUGCACGCGCACAAAAUGCCAACGAUGAUGUUGAUCUCAUGGAACAGGUGAUGGCCCAGGCAAAUGGCUCCAAUGCUGGUGGUGGCUCCUCCACUGGUGUACCUUCAUCCGCAGCUGCCAAUUCCAAUAAUCGUCCACGUCGCAGUGCCGCCAUCGAACCAAACAUUAUCAGCGAGAAUCGUCGUCGCAACGAGGAAUCGCAACGUGAAGCCAAUGCCUAUUUAUACGAACGCCUUGGCGAUGGUUCACAUGGUCACGGACAUGGGCAUGGUCACGGUCAUGGUCAUGGCCAUGGCCACGGCCAUGGACACCGACAUUUGCUAUCGCAGGCGCCGUCCAGUUUUCGUUUGCGCAUGAAUAGCUCGAUUGCGCUGCCCCUUGAUAUUGAUGUGAAUGGUGGCGGCGCUUCAUCCUCGUCGGCAGCAGCAGCCGCAGCCGCUGGUGGAGGUCGCAGCACUUCGGUGGCCCCCGCAUUGCGUUCCUCUUCCGAAGCCUGGAUGGCACCGGACUUUAUUUUCAUUGGCAACAGCAACGCGACUGGCGGCGUUGGAGGACCAGGAGCUGGUGGGGGAGGAGGAGGAGGAGGAGGCGUUGCAAACGCAUCCGAUCCGUAUGCCUUUUUGUCACCAGCCAUGUUCCAAAUGGAUCGCAGCACGGCUGGCGGCGGAGUUGGUGGUGGUGCUGGCAAUAAUCCAAAUAUGAGCAAUCUGUUGGAUGAUCAGCCACCGACGGUGACAGCUGGAACAAAUACUGGCGCUGGUAAUGGUGCCGGUGGUGGUAACGGUGCAACUGGUGGCUCCUCCAACAUGGCCAAUCAUCCCAACAACAAUAACAACAAUAAUGGAGGAACCCUCUGCAACAAUGGAGUGCGACGUCGUCUACUCUAUCUGGAUCAGCAGUUCUGUGUGUGCAUGCCAUCGCAUCAGAAUCCAACCGAGGAGACACAAAUGGAGAUGUUCACCCAGGACGCACUCCACUGGUGGCUGGAGGAGGCUAAAGCUCUGGACAUGGAAACCCAAACGGAUGCCUGUCUCUAUGCGGCACAUUUCCUCCUGCCGCAUUUGAUUAAGGAACUGAAGGUGGCCCAUCAGCAGCGCAAACAGGAAGACGCCAAUCGUCAGUCAACGGCGGCAACAGCAACAGCUGCCGCAACAGCCGCUACCAAUAUUAGUAGUGGUGCUGCUGGUGAUACUGUUACAGCUUCAGCUGCAGCUGCAGCUACAACUGCAACAACUACUGAAGUGGGACCAGCAACGGGAGCAGCCACUGAUAGUGUCAAUGUCAAUGCAGCUGCAAAUCCCAUUUCUGGCAUCAACGUUAGCAGCUGGCUAUCGAAUUCCGCAACGACGACAACCACAACAACAAGCAGCAGUAGCAGCAACAGCUCAUCAAGCGCAACAGUUGCUGCUGCUGCACCUGCACCUGCAACAUUGACAACGGCAACAGCAGACGUUGCAACUAGUGGCACAGCAACAACAACGGCACAACCACCAGCAUCAGCAACCAGCAAUUAUUUCCGCAGCUCCAUACCCAGACUGAUACCCUCAAUGCAAUUCGCAACAACAACAACAGCAGCUGUUCCUCGACGUCCGAAUCGUAAUCGCAAUCAGGCACUCUAUAACAUCUAUGCCGAAAUCGAUUUAACCAACGAGCAGGAUUCACCGGAAUCAUCGGAUGUGGUAGUAUUAGGAGGAGGACUAUCUCUGCCGCCACCGCUUCAGCAGGCGCCACAGCAGCAACAGCAACUGUUUCCCAGUGUUCAGCUGCAUGUGCAGACGGGUCCGGCGACAACAACAACAACAGGUGUACUAGCAUCGCAUCCACCACGACAUCAUCCACCCGUGCCGCAUCUACCAGCGAGUGGUCGUCCUUCGCGUCCACGCACACGCGCCGAUGUCGCUGAUUUCUACGAGCUGCAGUUGAACGAGCAGCGUUCGAGUUCCGUGCGCCGCAACAACAACAAUGCCAAUGCCAAUGCCAAUGCCAAUCGCACAGCAGCGGUAAGUGGUGGCGGCGAAGGGACAGUAACCGGAAUGGGAUCCGGAGCCGGAACAGCAGUGCAGUUAAAUGUGCGACCCAAUAGGGAUAUGCUGCCACCACGACUGCAACGGAUGUCGACGGGAGCCAUGGAGGAACCGUGGCGUGAGUCAUCCUCGUCCUCCUCAUCGUCAUCAUCGGUGCGAGUGACAAAUGCUGAAUUGACGUUCCCGCUACCGCCAUCGCUGGAGGUGAUGCCGGGCGCAUUGAAUUUCCCGGAACCACUGGAGCAGCUACAGUCGGGGCAGGACCUAUUGCAGCUGGAACCGAUCGAUGCUGAUGAGCAGCAACAGCAGCAUCAGCAGCAUGAGCAAGAUGACGAAGAAGAAGAAGAUCCAGACCAGGAGUCGGAACACGAACUGGAACUGGAUGUGGAGCAAACAGAUCAGGCCGAUCCGGUGAUGACCAGUGCUGGUUAUGCCUCGAUUAUGCCCACAGUGACCAUAUCCGAGCUGGCCGCUCAGCUGUUGGCCAGCGAGCAACAGUUACCCACUGACGAGGCACCGGAAGACCAUCAACCACUGAGUACGGAAGCCGCCAACGAGGUGGUCUCCAUUGUGGCUGCUGCGGCGGCCGUUGUUGCCGCCGUCGCCGCACAUCCGAUGCCCCUGCCGCCGGCGGCGGAAGAGAUGCCACAAUUAAAUUUGGAGCCACAGCGCCGGGAUGUUGCUGUCGAAACGGAGCCUAGCUCCGAUGUGGAUGACGAUGAGGAUGGCGAUGACGACGUCUUAGCUGAAGCAGCCGGUGGUGCAGCGGAUGCUAUCAUUGAUGUGGAGGCUAUUAGCUUAGAUGAAAGCGGUGCUGCCGGCCUUGCAGCACAACAGGCGCCAACUCCACCACCAUCGACCAGUGCCGGAGCCACUGCCGGAGCCGGUGCCGUUGGCGGAGGAGUUACAGCAUCAGCAGCAGCGACAACAGCAGCUGGUGGUGGUGGUGGUGGUGGUGGUGCUGCUGCUGCUGGCAGCAGCAGCGUAGUCACCGAUAUGAGUCCCGAGGUGCGCGCCGCUUUGGGUGAUCUGGAGGUGCCAGAGGGUGUUGAUCCAUCGUUCCUAGCCGCUUUGCCCAGCGAGAUGCGUGAGGAGGUGAUACAGGAGCAUUUGCGCAUGCAACGCAUUCGUCAGCGUGCCCAACAGAAUGCCAUACAGAUUGCCCAUGAUUCCCUCGUCGAGGUGAAUCCCGAAUUUUUGGCCGCCCUGCCACCCAACAUACAAUCCGAGGUGCUAAUGCAGCAGCGUAUCGAACAGCAGAGACAGGCGGCGCAGACCGCAAAUCCCGAUGAUCCCGUCGAUACAGCGGCAUUCUUUCAAAAUCUGCCCGAGAAUUUGCGUCAAGCGAUACUAACGGACAUGGAGGAUUCACAGAUAGCCAGCUUGCCGCCCGAGCUGGCAGCCGAGGCGCAGUUUCUGCGUCGUGAUUGGGAAUCACGCAACGGUCCCCGCAUGGACGCCCAUCCACCCAGCAAUGCGUUAUCUCGUUUCCAGACAACGCUGCAGAAUUUGGAUGAGGCACGCUGGCACAGCGCCAUUUGGUAUGAUGCCAGUGGGAAUGCACAGCCGCAGCAUCAUCAGCAUACGACAAUUGUGCAUCAUCAUAUUGGGCCCAGUACGGGUAAACCAUUGGCCUUGCUCAUGAUGGAGGAUGAGAAUAUAUUGCUUGAUCCGGAUUCGUUGGCAACCCUGUUGCUCUUCCUCUUCGUUGAGGAUCAAAAGGUGAACAGCGUUCGUUUGCAUCGGGUCAUACGCAAUCUGUGCCAUCACGAACCGACACGCGAUUGGAUCAUCAAGGCACUGAUCAGCAUUAUACAGAAGACAAACGAGGAGAACCCCAAUUUUGGGGCGGCGAACACGGGCAGCAAACCCGAAUGGUUGAAACUGCGUGUGGAUGCCGCCUUUGGCUAUAAGAGCAACAUAUUCCUCAUCAAUCGCCUGUUCGAGGGGACCUCACGCAGCAUCAGCAUCAAUCCGCAGGCAGCUCAAAUGAUUGUGCGCAAUUGUCUCGAUUUGUUGUUUGUGCUCGCCAAACACUAUCCGUUCAGUUUCUUGCCCUACAAUCGGGAGCCGAAGGGACGCAACCGAUUGCUAUUCGGUGUGCCAGUCAAUGCCAAUAGCAAUGCGGCGGUCUUUGCGACCUCCACGGGUGGAGUGCGUUACUCCACUGGCACAGGUGGUGAAUUGCGUUCACGCUACCAUCAAAUCGCAAAUCGAUUGCGCGGCAUUCUCGACGAGCAGCAACAACAACAACAGCAGCAGCAACAUCAACAAUUGCCCAAAUCCCAGCCGUUGGAUGAGGCACCGUCCACAUCGAAAGCGGCUGCAGCCAAAGCAGCUGCCACCUCGUCCUCCUCCUCCACUUCCACCACAGCGAGCGGCAGCAAAUCAAGCGUUGCGUAUCAAACCAAUGCACAAGACUUUUGGGAUGUCGUCUUGAACAUCGAUCGACAGACGCCGCAACGUUUGGCCAAUGUAUCGGAGUUUCCGCUUACCUCACAGCCGUCCUGGAAGUGGGAGAUUAGCAAUGCGGAAUUUGUAUCGUUCACCGAUUCAGCGUUUGGACAGCUCUUGGAGAUGUUGCCGUACAAAGUAAUUUGUCGGUCGCCGCAUCUAACGGAUAUGCUGGUCAAGCUGCUCGCCUUCCUCAGCGUCGAACUGCCCAGGGAGGAGGAGCAAUUGCCACAGCAACAACAACAACAACAGCAACAACAACAGCAACAACAACAGCAACAACAACAGCAACAACAACAGCAACAACAACAGCAACAACAACAGCAACAACAACAGCAACAACAACAGCAACAACAACAGCAGCAACAACAACAGCAGCAACAACAGCAGCAACAACAGCAGGAGCAACAGCGAUCGAAUGGUGGCAUGUCACAACGACAGUUACCAACACCUAUACAGAUGCCAAUAUUGGUGCCACAACAAACGCAACAGGAGCGCGAGCAACAAGAACAGCAACAACAACCACAACAGCAGACGCAGCCGCAGCAGCAGGAACAGUUACCGCCACUUGUACCCAUUAGUCAAUUGUUGACGGCGCGUCGCAAUGCAGAAUCGUACCUUACUGCUGCUGUCGCUGCUGCCUCCUCUGCUGCUGCUGCCUACGCUGCUGCUACUGCCGCUGCUUCAGCAGGCGAUGCAGUUGCUGCAACAACAGUGGCGUCGCCUCCAGCAAAUGUGCUGGUACAUCGAAUGCCGCCGCCGCCGCCGUUGCCCAAUCGGAUGGCGAGUGGAGCGCAACUAAUCGUUGAUAACGAUGACGACGAUGAUGAGGAGUUGGAUGAGGAUGAGUUGGACGAUGAUGAUGACGACGACGACGAGGAUGAUGACGAUGAGGAGGAUGAUGAUGAAGACGAGGAGGUUGAUGAUGAAAAUGAGCUACCACUCAUACCAAGAGACCAAAUAGUUACAGCAGAUAUUCCAGCACUGCCAGCAGCAGUGCCCGGCAACGGCAACGGUGGCAGCACCGGUGGUGGUGACUAUCACCAACCAUCGCAUCCGUUAAAGCCACGUCGCAAAAUCUAUUCGAAGAACUUCUCACAAUUGCAACUGGUCAUUGAGGUGUUGACCCAUCAAUGCGGCACCACCGAGGGUCUGGACAAUGUGACCAAACUGAUCGUCAAUCUCACACAGUGUUCGCAGGCAUCGAAUGCGAUAUUCAUACAGUACUUGACCGCCGCGAUACUCGGCCUGGCGGAGGAAGUGCGUCAGGUCAUUCAGACACUGCUCAACGAGAUACGCGCCUAUAAUACAAACACUGCACAGCCAACAUCGACACAGCAACAACCACAGCCGCAACAACAGCAGCAACCGAUGGAUAGCAAUAAACCGAGUGGCAGCGGAUGCAGCUCCGCCACUUCAAGUUCUAGUACCGGCGCCACAUUGCUAACCAAUUUAACCGUCCAUGAGGGCACCAUGCAGGAUCGCUUCACAUCCGAAUCGGUUAUAAUAUCGGCGCCAAAGAAUGCCAAGCCCACCUGUGAACUGCAAUUGCCGUCGAUGAAGAAACUAAUGUCGAAUUCAUCCGCUCAGCCAUAUUUCCUGCGCACGCUCAAGAUCUUCAUGCAGGUGCGCAACAUUUACGAGGUGCAGAAUGGUCAGAAUAAUGAUGACAGCAAUGAGGAUAUCAUUGAUAUCGAUGGCGCGGCCUCACCACCGCUCGUCGGGGAAGCAGCAUCAGUAUAUGCAGCAGCAGAACUUGCUUUUGCUGCGGCUUCAAAUGCUCGUGGUGGUUUCAGCAGCAUGGAGACGAGCGAUGCCUCCGAGAGUAGCAGCAGUUGCAGCAACAGCAGCAGCUGUGCCACCAAAUCUGCUGCGAAACCAACGCUUAGUCAAAUUUUAUGCUUGGACGUGCUGUGGCACACGCUGAGCGAGUGUCUCGUUGCGCUCGAGGAGUCCAAGGAUGAGUUCGCUGUGUUGGUGCUGCAGCCAACCGUUGAGGCCUUCUUCCUCAUACACGCUUCGCAUCGUGUGACGCCCAAGAAGCCGGGACGUGGAACAGCAGCCAACUCUGGUGCUGGCCACUCUGGAUUGCGUGUUGCGCCACAUCCGGUGGCAGCCGAACAUCAGAGUCCACAGCUGCUGCUGGAUGAUAACAACAGCAGUAACAGUAGCCAGCCCACCAAUUCAGCCAGCUAUGAGGAUGACACCCGCAUGCAGGAUGGGUCGACAACGGUGGGCUCUGGUGCUGGUGGUCAACCGGUGGCGCCGCUAACGGCUCACGAGGCUCAACUUAAACAGGAUCGUCAAAAGUUUCUACAAUUCGCCGAGAAGCAUCGCACCGUGCUCAAUCAGAUCUUGCGUCAAUCGGCAUCGCAUCUGUCGGAUGGACCAUUCGCAGUGCUGGUGGAUCACACACGCAUCCUAGACUUUGAUGUGAAGCGCAAAUACUUCCAGACCGAACUGGAGCGACUCGAUGAGGGCAUACGCCGUGAGGAGCAUACGGUCAGUGUGCGUCGUAUCACCGUCUUUGAGGACUCAUUCCGUGUCCUCUACCGUCUCGGUCCAGAGGAAUGGAAGAAUCGCUUCUACAUUGUAUUUGAGGAUGAGGAAGGCCAGGAUGCUGGCGGCCUGUUGCGCGAAUGGUAUGUGAUAAUCUCUCGCGAAAUCUUUAAUCCGAUGUAUGCCUUGUUCUGUGUAUCGCCGGGCGAUCGCGUCACCUACAUGAUCAAUCCGUCGAGUCAUGCGAAUCCUAAUCAUUUGAGCUAUUUUAAGUUCGUUGGUCGCGUAAUUGCCAAGGCCGUGCAUGAUAAUAAGCUGUUGGAAUGUUACUUCACACGCUCAUUCUACAAACACAUACUGGGCAAACAGGUGAAGCAUACGGAUAUGGAAUCACAGGAUUAUGAAUUCUACAAAGGCCUCGACUAUCUGAUGAAGAACGAUAUAUCGACGCUCGGCUAUGAGUUGACCUUCUCGACGGAGGUCCAAGAGUUUGGCGUCACACAAAUCCGUGAUCUCAAGCCAAAUGGACGCGAUGUGGCCGUCACCGAGGAGAAUAAAUUUGAAUAUGUUCAGCUCGUCUGCCAGCUAAAGAUGAGCGGCUCGAUACGUCAGCAAUUGGACGCAUUCCUUGAAGGCUUCUAUGAUAUAAUUCCAAAGCAUUUAAUAUCGAUAUUUAACGAACAGGAACUGGAGCUUCUGAUAUCCGGCUUGCCGGAUAUUGAUAUUGAAGAUCUAAAAGCAAACACAGAGUACCAUAAGUACACAUCAAAAUCGGCACAGAUUCAAUGGUUUUGGCGCGCAUUGCGCAGCUUCGAUCAGGCGGAUCGUGCGAAAUUCCUACAGUUUGUCACUGGCACCUCGAAGGUACCGUUGCAGGGCUUCGGCUCCCUGGAGGGCAUGAAUGGCAUACAAAAGUUCCAAAUACAUCGCGACGAUCGCUCCACAGAUCGCUUGCCAUGCGCACAUACCUGUUUCAAUCAGUUGGAUCUGCCUAUGUAUAAGUCGUAUGAUAAAUUGCGUAGCUGUUUGCUAAAGGCCAUACAUGAGUGCUCCGAGGGUUUUGGCUUUGCCUAAAAGCUGUGCCGUCCCACAAAAAAAAAACCCCAAAAUUCCAACAACCAACACAUACACACACUACACACUCACACAACACACAGCAAACUCAUAACUGCAAUGAAGAGAAUGAAUACAGAACAGCCACAGGAAAUGUGCGAUAGCAACAACAGCGACAAACAACAUAACACAGUACAUAUAGUUAAAUAGUAUAUAUAUAAAAAAAAAAAAUGUUGAAUUAAUUAUUAAUUUUUCGCGCGCAUAUAAUAUAUAGAAUAUAUAUGUAUAUUUUCAUAAAUUUUCAAAAACAAAACGAGGGGAAUGCAAAUCGGAAAAAAACAGUGAAAAAAAUCAGAAAAUGAAAAAACACGGAUAAGAAAGAAACAUAAAUAAACAAAAAUAAGAAUAAUGGAGGGUACUAUAUCAUCAGUCAAUAACAACGUACUCAAAUGCUGUUUUCUGAAUUCUAUCAUUUUUUGUUGGCAACCAUAUUUUUGAAAGAAAAAUUAUAUUAAUACUACACAAAAAAAAAAUAAAUAAAUUAAAUAUUAAAUAUUAAAAUAUUUUUAUUUUCUUAAGUCAAGCAUAAAUUCAUUCACAUAUGAAGCAAAGCAAAAUGCAUAACGUGCACAUUACGCUUUGAAAUUUGUUUAUGUAUAAAAUUAAAAAUAAAAGUAAAAAAGAUUCUGCGAAAA